UGCAACUAGGUUCCAGCUUCCAGAAACCCUUCUGGUCAUGACAUCACGGCACUUCUGUAGGAAGCCAUGAUUAGUCGAUGCCGGGAAUCGAUCCGUAGCUAUUACGUCGUGUAUUAGCGAUUCCUAACACCUGCUUAUGGUGCCCCGCGAAUAGGAAUCCCUUAUUUAUGGCGCACACUCAGAAUGACCGGGCGAGGGGCAACUCGUCCAUGUCGGGUGGCCGCGUCAUCAUCCACGUGGACCUCGACUGCUUCUACGCCGCGGUGGAGGCCGUUCGGCUGGGUAUGCCCCGGGACACGCCCCUGGCCGUGCAGCAGUGGGAGGGCCUGAUAGCAGUGAACUAUGCGGCGAGGGCGAGGGGAGUGCAGCGACACGACCGCGUGUUCCAGGCCAAACAGAAGUGCCCCGAGCUGCAGCUCGUGCACGUGGAGACCAUCGGCUGUGCACCGGGGGCGGGCCGCAACUCAGGCAAGGUGUCGCUGGAGCGCUACCGGGCGGCCUCGCAGCGCGUGUUUGACACGUUCCGAAGGGUGUGCCCUAAGGUGGAACGGGCGAGCAUCGACGAGGCGUACAUGGACGUGUCCGCCAUGGUGGAUGACAUGCUCGCACAGUCACAGCCUGCUGUUCUGCCUGCACCAGGUGAGGCCUGCACGGCCACAGGUGCUGCCUCCGAUGCUGCUGGGUGGGAGGAGCGAUGGAGGGCGCUAUUAGAGAGCGUGACUGAAGUGAAGGAAGAGGGUGUGACUGAGACAAAGGAAGAGGGUGUGAAUGAGACAAAGGAAGAGGGUGUGAAUGAGACAAAGGAAGAGGAUGUGAAUGAGACAAAGGAAGAGGGUGUGACUGAGACGAAGGAAGAGGGUGUGAUUGAAACGAAGGGCGAGCAGACUGAAGGAAGUGGCGCUGGUGGUGGUGAGGGCAGGAUGGGUGGGGAAGGUUCAGCAGAAGGUGGAGAGAAUGACCAGGUACAGGACCAGAAAAAGGCGCAAGAGCGGCUGCAAAGGCAGCAGCACGAGCAGCAGAACUUGCAGCAGGAGCAACAGCAGCAGCAGCAGCAGCAACAGCAGCAGCAGCAGCAGCAGCAGCAGCAGCAGCAGCAGCAGGGAGGGAUGACUAGAGAGCACGAAGGGGUGGAAGGUCACGGAUCACUUCUGAAGGAGGUGCAGAAGGCACGACUGGUGGUGAAGGAGGGACCCCUGGACGCAUGUGACUAUAUGGAGAGAAGGCUGCAAGCAGGGGUGGUGAUAGCGCACAGGAUACAGCAGGAGGUGCUGGCAUCGCUGGGCUACACGGUCAGCGUGGGCGUGGCGGGCAGCAAGCUGCUGGCCAAGAUGGGAUCCGCCAUGACCAAGCCGUUCGGCAUCACUGUGGUGCCUCGCCGAGCUGUGCCUGCGCUCAUGCAAGACGUUCCUCUAAAGAAAAUCCGCAACUUGGGCGGCAAACUGGGGCAGGAGCUCCAGGAAAUGGGAUGCGCAACAGCUGGCCAGGCACAGGCGCUUCUCCUCCCGGACCUCAUCGCGCGGUUCGGGGAGAGGCUUGGGAACUAUGUGUGGCGCGCUGUGAGGGGGCUGGAUGAAACACCAGUGGAGGAGAAGGGCGUUCCCAAGUCGAUGCUAGCAGCCAAGUCAUUCAACGCCACGUCAUCAUGGGAUGACAUCAGUCGGUGGAUGGACAUUUUGGCUCAGGAGCUUUCAUCCCGAAUGCUCAAGGAUGCAAAGGACAACAAACGCCGCCCGCGCUCCCUGCACUUGCACUACAGGGGCGGGAUCACUGGCAGUGAUGGUGGUGAUAGAGAGGUUGAUAGAGGUGUUUGUGGAUAGACGGUGCAGGGGGGGAGAGGAAGAGAGGAUGGUGGAGGGUGAGGAGAGGAGAGGGGAGAAGGGCGACGAGGGGAGGCUUGAGAAAGACGCAGAGGGUGGGGAAACAGUCUCAAGAGGCACAGGGGUGGAGGAGAAGGCGGGGUUAGAGGGCCCUCAACCCACGGAUGUGGGAGGCACAGGCGUGGGUGUGGGAGAGGGUGGUUUAGGGUGGGGAGGGUGGAUGGAGGAAGAGAGGAAGAAGAUGCAGACGAUGCUGUGUGCCGCUGGGCUCAGACUGCUGGCAGGGGGCAGUAGUCAUCCCAGUCAACAUAGUCAACCGAGUCCGCAGAGCCACCCAUCGCACUCAACCCAGCCCCUCUCCUGGGCGCCUUGCUCCCGCCUUGCCAUGUCAGCCACGGGAUUCGAGCAACUCAGAAUCAAGGUGGCUAUUGUUU